AUGUCUGACCCAGAGAUUGUACGACUUCGACGCGAGAACGAAGAGCUCAAACGUGAGAAGGAAAAGGAGCAGCACGAGAAAGAGGAGCUCAACUUUAAGCUUACUAAUAAGUCUAUAUCCUCAACAGGGUCUAUAAGGGUUAAUAGAAGGAGUAUUUCCGCUAAGCUAGUAGCUAAUAAGAGUAUAAUUAUAUAUUUUAAAAAAGUUAUAACUAAAGAUACUAUUAUUACUAUUUUUAAUAAUAAAAGUAUAGUAUUUAUUUAUUAUUAUAAGGUAGCCUAUAAAGUUAUAGCUAAAUAUAUUAGAUUAACUAUUAUAAAGGAAACACUAUUUAUAGAAAAUGCUAAGCGCCGCUGUGUUAUAAUUAUUAAUUUCAACCGCGCUAUACUUCAACUAGCCCUUAAACACCAUCAGCUCUCUGCGGUAUUUGGCACUAAGAGCAAAUAUAGAGCGGAUACUGUGAAGAUUCAUUCUCGGAAGCGUAGCCUGCUCUAUAAUUAG